AUGGCUCGUAUAAUUAACGAUAACGAUGAUAUAGACGAUAGGGAUAAUAUUGCCCCUAUUGCCGACGUAGUAGCCGAUGCAAUAGCCCAAGCCAGUGUUUUGAAUGUGCUGGUAGAAGAGAAGUAUUAUAACUUGUGUGCCGUACCGGGCCUACUUCUUUAUUUAAAUGUAUUUUGUCGGGCUCUAAAUACCUGGGUAUCCUUUUCAAAUAAAACCUACAAGCGGUACACCUUUAAGAUUGGCGACUAUAUUCAGUAUAGGGAUGUAGAUAACGGCAAAUUCGGCCGUAUAGAUCACAUCUUCACAUAUGAGCAAUCCCGCAUGCAAGAAUGCCGCCUAGGGAGUUAUAUAAUUUCUAGAAGGUAUUGUAUUUAG